AUGCCGACUCACACUUUCAAGUGCGUGGAGAUUUCUCUACUGAAGCACGGACAUUCCCCCCUAAACGGCUCGGGCUCCCUCCAGGCCCAGGCGGAGCGCACGAGGACCGCGAAGGGGCCGGCCUCGGGCGCCGAGGAGCGUGGAGAAAAUGCCGGUCCUGGGCACCGAGGACUGGGACUUUGCAGUUCGGGCCGCCGCGUGCCCCCGACGGGCUGCCGGGGGCUGAGUCCCGCCGCCGCCCGCUCUCGGCACCGCGGAGGCUUUGGGGACACAGUUUCGCCGAGAAGCCACCUGCCCCCUCCCAGCCUCGAAACGCGCGGCCUCCGAAGCCAAGCCUCGAAGGGGUCCCACGGCGCGAGCGCACGGGGCACCAAGGACGGUGCCGGGGGACGCGGAGGUGUGCGCCCCCGGCCGCCCCCCGGCUUCGCCUCCACCCGAGGGCAGGGGCUGCGCGCCCAGAAACUUCCCAGCGCCCGCACGCCGCGCCCGCGAGGCCCAGCCGUGCGCCGCCCGGUUACCUGUGCCCAGCCCGGCGACGCGGGCCCGGGCCCCGGCGACCCACGCCGCCUCCUCCCGCACCGCGGCCGCAGCCCGAGUCGCGUGCCCCGCCAUCCCCGCAGCCCGGUCCGCGGCCUCUCCAGACCUGCUCCAGGGGCUUGGGGACCGCCGCGCCGGAGGGGACGCGUGCGCGGCCGCGGGGCCCCUCGAAAGUGGCGGGGCUCCCCUCGGCGCGACCCGGCUCCCACGUGCUGGUGA